AGAAGACUGGUCAAAGAGGGCUCCAGUCGUACAAUUUAGAGAAGCACUAUUUUGCUUUUCUUUUUCAUCGAUAUUUCUUUCCACUUUAUUCGUCUUGUGUCGGAUGAAAAAUUUAAACAUGUAUUUGAAAGCGUUGUUCAGCGCAAUUUUGUUUCUGGUUGUAACGUUUCAACCAGUAAAAAGUGCUAUUACUCAAGAGCAAAUGGAAAAAAUGGCCAAGUCUAUGCGAGCCUCCUGUUUGCAAAAAAUUGACACCACCGAAGAACUAGUCUCUGGGAUAAGGAGAGGAGAAUUUCCGGACGAUUACAAUCUCCAAUGUUAUACGAAUUGUAUCAUGAAAGCAAUGAGAAGCUUCAGGAAUGGAAACAUUGACUUCAACAUGAUAAAGAAACAAAUAGAUGCGGUGAUGCCACCCGAUAUCGGAGCUCGAUUAAAGAAAGCCUUAAUGUCGUGUAGCAACAUAGAGUUCGACACCGACCCGUGCAAAAUGUCCUACCAAUACGUGCAAUGCAUCUACCAUGCGGAUACGGAAAUAUUCUUUUUCCCUUAGAGGAUUAAGGGAUAGACGAGAAAAAGGAGAAAACUGAUCGACGUUGUAAUCGAUGUUUUCCUGUUAAAUUUAAUAAUAAACACCACGACCAGACGAAAAA